AUGGUGUCAAAAGGAUUGCCUCCCCUAUCAAGAAAAUCUUGUAUCUAUAGAGUUCCCAAAAGGCUUCGCUAUGUAAAUGAAGAGGCUUACACACCUCAAAUUGUCUCCAUUGGCCCUCUUCACCAUGGCAAAGAAAGUUUGUUGGCCAUGGAAGAGGUCAAAUUGAGGUACUUGGACAAGUUCCUUGUUUGCACCAAUAUGAUUUUAGAGACGUGUGUUGAAGAAAUAAAAAAAUUGGAAGCAAGUGCCCGCGAUUGCUAUUCUGAAAGCACCAAGCUUACUAGUGAUGAAUUCGUCAAAAUGAUGCUUAUAGAUGGUAGUUUCAUUAUUGAAGCCAUGACAAGUUUUCUUGGAACUUCAACAUCGGAAGAUAGCGAAAACCAUACAUAUUUUAAAAGAUGGACAGAUCACCCAAAGACGAUCUCAACAUCUGAAGUGAAACAUCUUCUUGAUUUGCUGAGAAUUUGCCAUCUACCAUCAUCCUCAAGACCAUUUUCGGAAAAGUUUGAUCACAAGUAUGUAGCAAUUCCAAAAGCAACAGAACUCUGCGAGGAAGGAGUGAGAUUUGCAAGGGACUCACCUGAUCACUUACUAGACAUAAAAUAUACACGGGGACUAUUGAAAAUUCCACCACUAGUGAUUCAACAACGCACGGAAAUUUUACUUAGAAAUCUAGUGGCCCUAGAGCAGUGCCACUAUCAUUAUGACACUUACAUUACUGAUUACAUCUACUUCAUGGAUAACCUUAUAGACUCUAGUAGUGAUGUUGAUGUGCUCGUUCAAAAUGGGAUUAUUAUGACCUAUUUUGGUGACAGCUCGACAGUGGCAACUCUAUUCAAUAAUCUUGUAACAGAAACUACACUAGCAUCAUAUAACUAUUAUUACUAUGGUUGUGCAAAAGAUAUCAAAGAAUUUUGGGAGGUUCCGUGGCACAAAUGGAAGGCUACAUUGAAACGAGAUUAUUUCAGCACUCCAUGGAAAGUUUCUUCAACCAUUGCUGCCAUAGUACUUAUAGUACUCACUUUUAUACAAACUAUUUAUUCUAUCAUUGGGGCUUCAUCUUCCAAGAAGGUUCUUGAUUUGAAUAUGGCACCAGAGGUGCCAUCCUGUUCUAGUGUUCUCAGCUCCUUACAGCUUUCUCCUCAAUUCCAAAAAGAAAUGCUGAGGAAUGAGGCAGUACUGGUCACGAUAUCCGAUGCCGACAUAGUCAACCAGACAUUCUAUCAUAGUGCCCAGGCAAUGUCCUUGACAUCUCACCUAACCCGUUGUUUGCAGAAACAAAACGAAAAUGUGACCCUCCUCGGGAAUGAAACCUACGUCUUACAGACGAAAUACCAAAAGGGAUAG